UCAAUAAAAAAUCACGUCAGCGGUGGAAAAGAUACGUCCGAAAGUAUUGACAUAGUGUCCUAAAUCUGAUAGCGGUAUAGAAAUACCUGGAUAUCAAUUAAUGUAUUUACGAUAAGUAUAUUAUUGCAAAAUGAUCUACAUUUGUAAGAAGUUUUUGAUAUGUUUACUUAUAGUGACGCUCCUGUACACAGUUUAUGGACACUCACAUUCUCACUCUCACGACGAUGAACCUCCAGCAUUUAAAUACAGCAAAAAGGCAAAUGAAAAGCCAGAAAUCAAAGAAAAUAUUCCUCAGGAAUCCAACUAUGAUUUAUAUGUGAGAGCUUUAAGUUCUACCCUAUUUAUCAGUAUUGUACCCUUCUUCAUUUUGUUCUUCAUACCAAUUGACGGUACUGUGGAAAAACAACCGCUAUUGAAAAUUUUGCUAUCUUUCGCUUCUGGUGGUCUAUUAGGCGAUGCCUUUUUACAUCUUAUACCACACGCUCUCAUGCCUGCUCAUGAUGGGGCAGAAGGACAUAGCCAUAGCCACAGCCACAGUCACUCCCAUGACGGUCAACAUGAACCCCAUGAUAUAACUGUUGGGUUGGGUGUCCUAGGAGGCAUUAUAACAUUUUUGGUUGUGGAAAAAGCUGUUCGCUUAUGUGGGGGACACGGUCACUCUCAUGGACCUGAUAAAAAGAAGUCUGAUGCUACAGCUAAGAAGUCACAGAAGAACAAGAAGGAAGAGAUUAAAAUAGCUGGAUAUCUUAAUCUUGCUGCUGACUUUACUCAUAACUUCACUGAUGGCCUGGCAAUCGGAGCUGCUUAUAUCGCUGGACAAAGCAUUGGAAUCAUUACAACAAUUACUAUUCUGUUGCAUGAAAUUCCUCAUGAAAUUGGUGAUUUUGCUAUCCUUGUACAAUCAGGAUGUUCUAGAAGGAAGGCCAUGAUGCUACAACUACUGACAGCAUUUGGAGCUAUUUCUGGAACCGUUUUGUCAAUAUAUCUACAAGGGACAGGAGAUGGCCUAGUAUCUUCACUCAUCCUUCCAUUUACAGCCGGUGGCUUCAUAUACAUAGCUACUGUAUCAGUGAUACCAGAACUCUUAGAAGGAUCGAACAAAUUGUCCCAAUCCAUUAAAGAAAUACUCGCACUAUUAGCUGGAGUAUACAUGAUGGUUAUAAUAGCACAAUAUGAAUAAUUCCCUUUUCUGUGUAAAUUGUACAUAAUUAAUAAUGAAUUCGUAGUAAAUAACAUUUAACAUCACAAACGAACAUUUAUUAAUUCCUCUUGAACAAUAUAUAUACUGAGCAUUUAAUACCAUGAUGUAAAUAUUUGUUGCUUAGGUUAAUAAUUGCUUAAAAAAAUAUUAAGUGAUAUUAUUAGCUGUCACUUAUAAUAAAAAUAAUAAUUUGAGCAAAACAACAAUACUAUGAUUUGUAUGAAAAUAAUAUUUAAGAUAAGUUUUACAGAAAUGAUUGUGAAAUGUAAAUUAAUGAAUAAAAAAACAUUUAUGAGAAUAAAA